UAUCAAAAUGUCAAUACACGAUCAAUAUCAGCUUGAUUCUUAUGACAAUGAUAUUAUAGCUUUGUCAAAUGAAUCAAAUGUGUUAGAUAUAUCAGAGAAUCCAAAUGACCCAGACAUUAAAUCAAACUCAAGCUCACCUGAACAAUCCACAUCACAAAAUAAUAGCAUUACUGUUAUUACUAAUAGUCUGGUUCAAACAACAAAUGAAGAUGGUAAUGAAGGUACCUGUGGUCAAGAAUAUAAGUUAUCAACUGGAACAGGAAACUUAAAAUCUUAUUUACGCCAAGUUCAUAGAAUUUUGCCCUC